AUGGACAAUCAAUUUAGGCACCAGGAGUCUCUCAACCCCAACAGCAAGCAACGUCUGCUAGUCCAUCCUAUCAAUAUCUAUAACUUUACUCCAUUCAGCACAGUUGCCCAACCUAAACGGGCGGGUUUGCCUGGGUCUUACAGUAUUGCUCUAAAACCCCUCCAAGAUAAGAUGUGCUCGUCAACCAUGUACCCAACUGGCACGCGUACUCCAGGGCAAUAUGCAUGGUCGCAUGAGAGCAAUGGGAGCAAUGAGAGAGUACUUGUUCUUCAAUUGUCAUCAUCCUUCGAGUCCCACCCAGAUCAAGACCGCGCUUGGACCAUUCAUCUGCGAUUCUACGCGAUGGACACCUUUUUACCUGCAGACCGCACUACUGCAGGCGUCGGGUCGAUCCAGCGGCCAAAUGGUCACGCGACAGAAAAACCACGUCGCCCGGGCCAUGCGCCUCAGGCGCCGCCUCGGCACAUUUGA